AAGAUCUUGUUCUGUGGUUACUGUCAUUCUGACGUAAACUUAACCUUACUUAAAACUUGAAAAAUAAACAUACAAAUCCAAGAAAUCUAAAAAUGAUGUCUGAUGAAUCUGAAAAUGAUAUAGCUUUUGAGGAAAACCAUGAAAAUGAUGUGUAUUAUAAUAAAUAUAAACUACUAUUGGAAGAAUGCUCCCAACUGCAGAGAGCGAAUGAAAUUCUAGUUUUUCGAAUACAAGAAGUAAAUAAGAUAACAAAACGAAGGCAUAAAGAAGUACAAUUUUUCAGACAGCGACUAUUAAAUAUUCACGGUGAAGAUUGGAGUGUUAUUCCUCCAGAUAUACUCUCAGAUGAAGAGCUCGAUUCUAAAUCAACACCAAAUAUUAUUCCAAAAGAAAAAAUAAAACAAGAAAAGCUAGAUGAAGGAUACAAAGAUAAAGGACUUGAAAAGACAAAGUCCGAUAGGUCAAAAACAUCAAAGAAGACAACAAGAAGGAGGAAUACAAAGUCAGAGAGAGAUCCGAAUGCCCCAAAAAGGCCCUCAAAUCCAUUUUUUCAAUUUUGCCAAGAACAAAGACAUCUGCUUUUGGAUCAGAUUAUAGCAGAUUUAAAACCAGGUGAAAUAGAACCAUCAAAAAGGGAACUCACAAGACAACUAGCACUUAAAUGGAAUUCUCUAUCUACUCCUGAUAAAAAGAUAUAUGUUGAUCGGUAUGAAAGGUCUAAAGAAAAGUACAAUGCAGAAAUGGAGGAUUACAAAAAGUCAAAGUAGGUUACUUUUAAUUUUCUAGGACAAAUUAAUGUUAUAUAUAACAGAAAUUUUAUUUAUUAGUGUAUUCAAUACAUAAAUAUAUUAAGCCUUGAAAGAGUC